CUCUCCUGGACCGAAUCUCGAAACACCUUUUCCCACAUCGAAGGGAGCAUAAUGCAUGAAGUCGUUACGGUUCAACUUGGCCAGAAGAGCAAUUACCUUGCAACUCACUUCUGGAACGUCCAGGUACGGCCCGAAACCAGAACCAUCAUCCGGCGAGGCUGAUGGUGUGAUCCAGGAAUCCUAUUUUACAUAUUCAGAAAAUGAACAAUCCGUGGUCGACCAUGAUGUACAUUUCCGGCCGGGCAUUGGUGCCGAUGGACAUGAGACUUACACGCCUCGAACCGUUAUAUACGACUUGAAAGGAGGAUUCGGUACGCUGCGCAAAUUCAACGCACUCUACGAGAUUGAAGAUGAGCCGCUCCAUGGCCUCUGGGAUGGGACGACCGCAACACAUCGAGAGGAAGCCAUCCAACCAUCUGAUUACCAAAGAAGGCUGGACAUGGGUCUUCCCACGUCCCAAUUGCGGGAUUCGGACGUAAGAUACUGGUCGGACUUCAACAGAGUCUAUUACAAUCCCAAAUCCAUCGUCCAGCUCCAAGAAUACGAACUGAACUCUCAGAUCAUGCCGUUCGAGAACUGGGAAGCUGGUGAAGAUCUCUUUCAGAGCCUAGACAAGGAGUUUGACCUUCUUGAUCGGGAUAUCCGGCCGUUCGUAGAAGAAUGUGACCAGAUGCAAGGCUUUCAAGUACUGACAGGUGCCGAUGAUGCAUGGGGAGGCUUUGCUGCAAAGUAUCUCGAUACCCUGCGUGAUGAAUACGGCAAAACUAGUAUGUGGGUGUGGGGGAUCGAGGACUGUACCAGAGUAGUGAGACAAAAACAAUUACAACGAGCGUGCAAUACUGCCAAAUCUCUCAAAUCGAUUGGCCAGCUGGCUUCCGUCUACGUGCGCAUCGCAGCACCACCUUCCACCUUACCUGGAUAUGUCAAACUUCGCUCGGGGUCUGAUUGGGAGACAACGGCGUUGCUCUGCGCCGGCUUUGAGUCGGCCACAUUACCAACCAGGUUUCGUGCCGAUGGGCAAAAGCGAGGUUCUUUGAGUCUGCUGGAAGACACCUUGAACACCAGCGACAACCAAAAUCUCUUUGAACUGCAGGCCAAGGUCGGUCACGCGACAAGAGAAGCCAAUGGCGUUUCCAAUGGCGAAAUCCAUGGUUCAAAUGGUAGAAUGCAACCCGAGGAGAAUGGAGCUGCGGAUUGGCAGCCCCAGCCCGCACAGUUCGACUUGGAAUAUCUUCCAAGAAUGCGCGAUUCGUCUGUGGUUGGUCCAGGUCACAUCUUCGCUCAAAUCGAAUGCGAACGUGGAAGAUCCGAACAUGAUCCAUUCUCGCUGAGCUUGAGUCCCGAGGACCGGCUCCGGAGGAGACUGAAUGAAGAGAGUGUGGUUGAAAUAUAUCAGACUGGGCUCCAGUUUCCUCUACUGGAGACCUUUCCCAACAGACUCAUCGAGACGAACCGACAGCACGAGAACGGGCUGGACAUAUCCACUGCCCUGGCUUGCAACUCGAGGAUGAAAGACCACAUCCUCGAGUUGAGAAAUGCGACUUGCCGGAUGAUGCCGCUAGGCGAACGAGAGAGCCUGUAUUCUGACCUGUCACAGAUGGCGCAAAACUACAGCUUCGGCUUCGAGUCCGGUACGGACACGGGGGAAGAUGAUUGAACAGAAAGGCCAUCAGAUGACCUUCCGCAAUGAUGCUAAAGAGACCAGCGAGCAAGGUGUGGCCAGGGCAGAUCUUGGAGUAGAAGGCGGGGUGCAGCAGACGUGCGCAACAGGCGUCGACAGGGCACACGGCAGCCUGACUUCACCAUGUGCCGGCAGAAACAUCCGAAAUAUUUACUAUGGUAGACGGGUGUGUUUCCAAAACUGUUCGAAUCUGGCGAGAGGAAGAGCUGCCUCGUCAACAUGCCGAGCAAAAGAAGUCGUUCCUUGGUGGCGCAUGAUCCCGGCCAUCUUACGAUCCAGCAGCCUUUCGGGAGGGCCUCAGGCGACGAUGCGACCACCCUUCCGGAAUAGCCGUGGUUGGAAAGUUUCUGUGCAGUACAAAGUAGUCUGAGAGCUCGUUACUACUCGUACAAGUUUAUGGCAUGGAGCUGUGGUUGCCGGGCCAUGAAAAUCCUGGCGACCCAUCACUGCGGU